UAAUAUUUACUAAACCACCGUGGAGAAGACUCGGACUGGAGAAACCAGAAUGAGUCCGCGAUCUGACCUCCAGAUAGCCCAGCCGAUAACCCUCCAAUGCGGCCUCACCCUUCCCAACCGGCUCGUCAAGGCCGCCAUGGCUGAGCAACUGGCUAGCACCCACCAACUUCCAGACGAGCGCUUGAUUGCGGUCUACAAGCGCUGGUCCGCCGGCGGCUGGGGUUUGAUCAUAACGGGACACGUCCACGUAGACGACAAGCACUUAGGCGCCACAAAAGAUUCCGCCAUUCCGCCCUCGCUUCCCCAAGCUACCGUUCUUCCUCCUUGGUCCGCUCUUGCCCGCGCCAGCCAGGGCCUCCAACUAAACCAUCCCGGCCGGCAAUCCCCUCGCGGCGCAGGUGCUCGCAGCCUUCUCUCCCCAUCCCUCGCGCCUUCCGCAGUCCCACUCACCCUCGGCCCAGGCUUCCUAGCCAAACUGCUCCGCUUCCUAAUCUUCGGCACGCCGCGCGCCAUGAAUCACGCCGAAAUCCAAACCGUCAUUUCCCAGUUUGCCCGCGCGGCGCGCGUGUGUGCCGAGGCCGGGUUCGAUGGCGUGCAGAUCCAUGCGGCGCACGGGUACCUGCUGUCGCAGUUCUUGUCGGGCAGGACGAAUCGCAGGACGGACAGGUACGGGGGGGAUGCGAGGGGCAGGGCGCGGAUUGUGGUGGAGAUUGUGCGCGCUGUGAGGGAGGAGACGAGAAGGUUUGAAGGGUUUUGUGUUGGGAUCAAGUUGAAUAGCGCCGAUCAUCAGAGCGAGGGGGAGGAGAUGGCGGAUUGUGUGGAGCAGUUGAGGGCUGUUGUGGAGGCGGGGGUGGAUUUUGUCGAGGUUAGUGGGGGGACUUUUGAGGAUCCAAAGAUGAUUGCGGGCAACGAGGGCCUGGCGUACUUGGAGGACAUGUCAGACCGGACCAGGGCCCGGGAAGCCUUCUUCCUCGAGUUCGCAAGGGUCAUCCGGAAAGAGUUCCCCAACGUUCCUCUCAUGGUCACAGGCGGGUUCACCAGCCGGGGGGGGAUGGAGAAAGCUGUGACGGACGGUGACUGCGACUUGAUCGGCCUAGGCAGACCAGCUGUCCUCAACCCAUCGCUUCCCGGCAGUCUCGUGUUUAACCCCGAGGUCAAGGACCAGGACGCCAGUGUGUACCGCAAGAAGAACAGGGCGCCUUGGAUUAUCAAGAUGCUCGGCAUUGCAGCAGUUGGAGCCGGAAUAGACAGCAUAUGGUAUACAAAGCAGAUCCACAAGAUGGCGAAGGUAUAG